AUGGCGCCGAAUGCUGUCGUUAAACACAUUAAAACGCAAGCUGCAGAGGCUUAUGCAGUUCGUCAGACAAAGUGCAAGUUAAUCUACGCGCUCAGGGUGUAA